AUGUCUCAAUUUCUUUUUGACAACUCACUUGACGAUACUUUAUUUUCCUUCGAUUCAGCUGCAAAAAAUUUUGUGGUAAACGAAUCUGAUGAAGAAAAUGAGAUUGGUUAUGGUAUCGACGACUACAUUAGCGAAGCCGAAAAAUCAGAAAGUGUUGAAAAUGAAAAGAAUUUCGUUAAAGAUGUAAAAGAUAAUAUGUCCAAUUUAUCUCCUCAGCAAAAGCAGUAUAUUGACAAACUAGUCAGACCUUUAGACGUAGAAGCUUAUCUAAAUUCGAACAAAGUAUUAAUACAGAACGAGAUUUCAAAUUUAAAAUCGACAUUACUUUAUUCGAGCUUCAUGACAUUUUUAAUGGUAUGUUACAACUUUUUAAUAGAAGUGUCCGAUAACGAUUGUAUGUCGAAAUCUGAAAUUAAAGAGUAUAAUUAUGUCGCUGCCGUAGCUCAAAAACUGUCUAACGAAGAUUCAAAUCUGUUUAACAACGGUGUUGGUUCAAAGGAACUUUUGAAAAUUUUAAAUCUCGAUAUUGAUUUAAAACUUGUUGAAGCUGACCCAUCUAUCUUAAACACAUUAGUCUCUGAAUAUUUGACUAUUUUUUAUCUAUUUGAAAAAGGUUAUUACGAAAAAAUAAUUGCAAUGUGUUUAACUCAACAAACGGAAAAUGUUCUAAUUUCUAAUCUUACGUUUUUAGUUAGAUUGAUUGAUAUACAAAAUUAUUUUCUUGUUGCUUUUGGACUAGUAAUAACUCAGCUUCAGCAUGAAAGCAAGACAUUAGGUGAAGUGAAUGGUCAAAUAAUUAUUAAGCUUUGUUACUGGUCUAGAACAUGUUUAGGUUCUAAGUUGAAUUCGGUUUUAACAACUUUUAUUAAUCUUGAGAUGCGCAAAGAAGAAAAUAAAUUGUUGGCAGCUUUGUCUGAAAUUAGUAAAUCUGUAUUACUUAAGAAACAUAUUAUCGAUCCUAUUAAAUUAGGAUUGUAUAGUUUCGUAGAAAACUAUUUUAGUUCAAGAAGAUCGAGUCGAUCAAAUGACAACAACAACUACAGGGAUCGCUCUUCAAUAGAACAGCGGGUGAUCAUUUUUGAACAAUAUUACGAAUGUUACAGUAGUGCUUUUAUUUUUAGAGACGAUUUAGAAUUGACUAAUCGGAUAAUAUUACCUAUUUCAGCUUUGACUAGACUCACCAUGCUUGAAGUAACCAUGCCAAUGGUGUUUAAAGUUGUUAAUCCAGAAACAAGCCAAUUCACACAUUGUGGAGUUUUGGAAUUUAGCGCAGAUGAAAAUAGGUGUUACAUGCCGUUAUGGGUUAUGAAGAAUUUAUUGUUGCGCGAUGGUCAAACCUUAUUGAUAAAAAACGUUGUUUUACAAAAAGGUACAAAAAUCAAACUACAGUCAUCAACAACUACUUUCAUCACAAAUAUUUAUGAUCCUAAAGAAGCUUUAGAGCAAUGCUUGAAAAACUUCAGUUGUUUAACAAAAGGAGACAUUUUUGAUCUUCAUGCGUAUGGUGAGAAGUAUGAAAUAGAAGUGCUGGAAUGCGAGCCUGAAGAUGCAAUUUUGGUAAUUAAUGCAGACAUAGAAGUAGAUUUUGAAGCGCCAAAAGAUUACGUUGACGAGUCUGUCAGUUCGACUUCAACGAAAAAAACAGAAGUUGCACAAAGUUACGAAAAACUCUCCGAAAAUGAAUGGCGAAAUAGAAUUCCAAACGGUGUCAUAACAUAUUGUUCUAGCUUCAAAAAAAUAAAUGAAACUAAACGUCCUAAUAUCCCAGACAAGAUAGAAACGUUGGAUUAUUUUACUGUAUAA